AUGAGUUCGGCCGGUUCUUCAAAGCGUCAAGCAGAGGACCCUUCCGAAGGUCAAUCCAAGCGUGCCAGAACCGAGGACAACGACAAAUCCGAAACUACCAACGAUGUGGCUCCAAUGGACACCUCCAAUGCUACCUCGGGUGCAAGCAGCAGCAGCAGCAGCAGCAGCAGCAGCAGCAGCAGCAGCAGCAGCAGCAGCAGCCGGGCAGCACCCCUCUCAGAGGCUGAGAUGAUCGAGAGGCUACCCGAGCGUCUCCGCGAGCCUUUCGACGUCAAAUGGACAACUCCUGGCCUCCGCAACUACCUGCUCCAGCAACUGUCCACUCCAUCAGUUGGGCUGAUGCUUCGUAAAUCAUCUACAAUUAAUGCAUUUCAAGACGAGCUCCGAGAGUUCAUCGCCUUCGGUCCCGAUAAGAUUGUCGAACAGCUCGAGCUUCGUACUGAACAGCUCAAGCUUCGUACUGAACAGCUCAAGCUUCGUACUGAACAGCUCAAGCUUCGUACUGAACAGCUCAAGCUUCGAACUAAGUCUUUGCAGGCGUUGGUGCGAAAGGACGACGACGACGACGACUUUGAGAGCACACCACACUCUCUCGUGCUUGGAUGGAUUAAGGACUGGUCCAAAUUGCAAGUUAUGCUGAAAAACACACCGGCUCUCAUCCGCGCUUCACUUGCGGGUCUACUUGAACUCAAACUGAAGAAGGAGCAAGUGGAUCAGUUCGAGUACCCUCUCGUCGACUUGCAAGUGGCAACUACUGCAAUUAAAGCGCACUUGAAUAGAGGCAUCGACCAACCUUUGACUCCCUCCGAUCGAGGUCGCACUCCAUCGUUGCUUGCGGCAACGUUGCCAGGCGCCGGAAAAACGAGGCUCUGUCAAGAGUUUGUGCGUCACAUCGCUCCUGCCGUAUUCAGGAGCCGACAGGUCAACUUUGUUUGCUUGUUUGUCACCUUCAACAGCUUAACCAGUUUCGCCGGUUCAAACGACUGGACCAUCACGCUUCGCGCCCACCCAGAGCACGCUCUUGCGACUCGCCUGUUGCAAGCGUACUUUGAAAUCCCCCUCGAUUUUUUUCGGAACAACUUUGAACAAACUGGCAGCUUCGAGGUCGCUGCUACGCUCCGGUUCAUCCAGGAGUUCGAUUUCAAGCGUCGGUACAGUCGUGAACCCACAGUGAAAGACAAAUUGCCGUACCUCGCGAUUGCAGUUGACGAAAUCAGCAAACUGCUUUUUGUGACCAAUAAGCAAAAGCCAGACCCACAAGCGGCAACAACCUCCAGCUCGAGCUCGCCGGAAGACGCGAGACAAGCAAAGCUAGCUGUGAUUAAAUCUCAGCGUGAGCUGCUCAAAGCGACCCUAUCGUCACUCAAGAGUGCCACCCUCAUUCCGGCUACCCGGCUCUUUGUUUUGUACGCCGGAACCGUGCCAGAACACCUUCGACCUGGUCUGGUCGAGCCCUUUGACACUGGAAGCACUGACUCGAGCAACUUGGCGGUCUAUCCAAUUCCAAUGGAGCCGUUCGAUGGCCCCCACACCGCCGAGUUUGUAGACGUGGUUGCCGGAGUUACACAAACACAGUUGGAUUGGCGCCUUGAUGAAAACUUAGUGGGCAGACUUCGCAUUGUCGGAGGCCUGCCACGCCAUAUUGAAGACGUGAUGGACGUGAAUACGCCUGAUGCCAUUGCUCGACCACAACUGAGCUCUGUUUCUUUGAUCAAGCUCGUGCGCUUUUGUGCGUUCAAUGCACAAAUAACAGGAAAAACACUCUUGGAGGACGUGGCUGCUUGGGUCAGUCGCGGUGCAGCUGUUGUAGCUGCAACACCUUCAGCUCAGUCCAAGAUCGCAGCCCGGUCCCUGCAGUUCAACUUGUACAAACCACUCGAUUUGCUACCGGCUGAUCAGGUCCUCGAGCCUGUCACGCACAGCGUCGAAUUGAUCGACCAGCUUGCACGCCUACUGAAGCGUUGUCUAAACUCGAUCACAACAGACAUGCAAGGCUCUGCGUCCAAGCCCGAUCGGUGGGAGCGACUUGUCGUCCACCUAUUCAACUUGCGAGUGACAGCGUAUCUUGCCCAACGCGUGCUGUCGGCAUCUAAACCUCCUUCGGGUCCCAUUCUUGUCCCUCUCAUCAAGUUACUGCCUGGGGUCAAGUUCAGUGAUGACUGCAAAAACCUGUCACUCAUGCUGGAUCCCAACACCUGGGACACGAAUGUGUUCAUGCAACUUGCCCCAGAGAACGAGCCAGGAAUCGAUGCUUACAUGCACGCCGACCUUGCUGGUCAUGCGACGAAGAAACGUGUCGUCAUUGGUCUGCAGAUGAAGCUGCACAUGCACCUCCAGUCGACAGGCCCCGCUGAGCUUAGCAACUAUGAACAAUGGGCCCGCCAGCGACUCGAUCAGUCCUACGUGUCGAAAAACAAACGAAAGAGAGACAAAACGCUUGUUCUUGUGGGGGUCAUGUCAACUGCUCGUUUUACAACUGCUCAACCCGCUGAGAAGUCGUGGGUGCUGGAGCGUAACGCGCUGGACCAAUUCGCGCAAGGAUUUCUGACUGUUGUGCGAAGCGCCUACUCGUUCGACCCGCAUCACAGCCCUGCAACGCACAUUGCGAGUUUCCUCUAUUCGUGGAACACGCAGUCACAAGCUGUGUGCAACGCGUUGGCACACCUUCUCGUGCAAACUCGGCACCGACUUCACCGGCUAGACGGCCGGCAGCAGUUUAGAACAGCGGAGGACCUGCGCCAGUUCUUGCUGCGCCAGAUUGGUGCUUCCAAAGAGGUCUCGUUCGCGGUGACGACGGGGAGCGGCGAAACAAAGCAAGUGACCCACACUCUCAAGUCGAAGCAUGUCCCGCCCGCCGAGCACCUUGGCUGGUACUUUGCAUUGCCUGAUUCCGCAACGUCGUCUUCCAGCGCCAGCGUGUCCAGUUAG